AUGCAGGAGGAUGAGACGCAGCUCACAGAUUCGCUGGUGGACGAAGAUCUUCGGGCGGCGCAUGAGCAACGGCAAGAGAGAGAUGAGCUUGCGGCAGCAAAAUCCUCUGCGAAGACACACAGCGAAGCCGCACAUGAACGGAACCAGAGUCUUUCAGUCGACUUACCCAUUGAUGCCCUGCGUGAGGAAAUACUACAGGCAGUGAGGGCCGAGCGCGUCACAAUACUGGUCGGGGCCACCGGAUGCGGAAAGUCAACUCGGUUGCCGCAGUUCUGGAUGGACGAACCCGGGGCGAAGGUGCUGGUCACGCAGCCACGGCGCGUCGCCGCGGUUGAGAUUGCACGACGGGUUUCUUCUGAAAGGGGCGAACGGAUCGGCCAGAACGUUGGCUACCGCAUCUCCGGCGAGACGGUUCGUGGUUCUGGCAAAUUGCAAUUCGCAACUAUAGGUUAUGUGUUGACCUGGUUCUUGGCGAAGCCUGAGCAUUUCGGAAGCUUCACGCAUGUCGUCAUAGAUGAGGUUCAUGAGAGGGCGGCCGACAUGGAGAUGUUCCUUCUGCUUACCAAGCUCCUAAUGUACUUCUUCAAAGGGCCGAAG